CAGAAUUGUUGAGAGUAUCAAAUGAGAAAAUAAAUUUUAAGUUUACAAUGAAUUUUAAAAAUCCAUAUAAAUAUUUGUGGUCAUUAUCAUUUAAUUAGAAAUAGCAUUUUGUGAUUACCUAAAUUAUUUGCUCCUUGAUACCAUUCUUUCACAUCAUUUAAGGCUUUCCCUUUAAUGUAAGACUUGAAUAGUUGAUUUUUUUUUGAUGAGGCAGGAAAGACAUUCUUAUCUCUCUAUUCAUUUUUACAGAAGUGAGAUAGAAUGCAUUCUGGAUUUAUCCAAUAAUAUGCAACUCAGCUGAAAACCCUACCUACUGUUUAUCUCAUUUAUGAAGUUCUUCCAAACAGAGAUGUCUGAAAGAAAUUGCACUCCACCAACUGAGUUUAUUUUUAUUGGUUUCACAGAUUACUUACCUCUCCAAAUCACUCUGUUCCUUUUAUUUUUGAUCAUCUAUGUUUUGACUUUGGUGGGAAACAUUGGUUUAAUAGCCUUGGUCAAUAUUGAUUCUAAUCUUCAAACUCCCAUGUAUUAUUUUCUCAGUAAUCUCCUUUCUAGACUCCUCAGCUAUUCCACAGCCAUAGCUCCCAAGAUGCUGGUGAACUUAUCUUCUAAGAAGAACAUUUCUCUGUAUGGUUGUGCCCUUCAAAUGUACUUCUUUGCUUGCUUUGCUGAUGCAGAAUGCCUCAUUCUGGCUGCAAUGGCCUUUGACCGCUAUGCAGCCAUUUGCAAUCCAUUGAUGUAUUCAACGCUUAUGUCCAGGAAAGUGUGUGUCUUCUUCAUUGUCUUGGCCUAUUUCAGUGGAAGCAUGACUUCCCUGGUUCACGUGAGUCUGACCUUCGGUUUGCCAUUCUGCCGAUCCCAUGUCAUCAAUCACUUUUUUUGUGACAUACCACCAUUAUUAGCUUUGUCUUGUGCCAAUACUACCCUCAAUGAGGUCCUGCUUUGUUUAUGUGGUUUCAUCCAGACCAGUACUUUUGUGAUCAUUUUCAUUUCUUACUUCUGUAUUCUCAUUACAGUUUUGAAUAUCAAAUCAUCGGGAGGGAGAAGUAAGACCUUUUCUACAUGUGCUUCCCACUUAAUAGCUGUAACUUUAUUUUAUGGGACACUUUUGUUCAUGUAUUUAUGUCCCAGCACCAAAUACUCACCAGAUACAGAUAAGGUUGUGGCUGUUUUUUAUACUGUUGUAUUCCCCAUGUUCAACCCUAUUAUAUACAGUCUGAGAAAUAAAGAUGUGAAAAAUGCACUCAAAAAAAUGUUAGACAGAAUAUCUCCAAACUGGUAAAGAUUCUCUCAAUAUCUUAGAGUUGAAAAAGACCUCAGAAAAUAUGC